AACUGAAGUACUAUGUUAUAGAAGAUAGCACAAUAAGAUACACUUCAUAACUAUGGCAGGGAUCUUCGACAGAUUCCGGUUCGGCGCCAAGCGCGAGCGUGACGAAGAUACGGUAGACGCUAUUCCAUGCGUUGAGGACAAUUGCAACGAUACUGCGGAGUCUGUUGCGGACGUUUUUGCGAAGAGAACCAAGAACAGACACAAGGAGCCAGAGAGCGAGAAAGAAGCUCAAGCGAGCGGCAAGUGGCAGGAACGCUGGCAUGCCAUUUGCGACGACUGCUUUGAACAGGCUCUGCCUUGUGUUCACUACCCAGAUCGUCGUCUUCGCUUACUUAUUGUAGGUCAUAAUCCCUCAGACCAUGCAUGGAAGACUGGGUAUUCCUACAGUAACCCAACGAACCGCAUGUGGAUGUUAUUGACUGGGACACUGUCGCCACACUCGUGGGAGGGCGUUGUGCCUUCAACGGCGAGUAUCAUGGAACAAAACAUCUUGCCUACUGUCCAUGGUGUUGGCUUCACGUCGAUCGGACUAGUGCCUGGCAAUGAUGCUUCAAAAUACGGCAAGGCAACAAUGGAAGCAUGGCGAGAUAGUUUCUUCCAACGGCUACGUCGCCAUGCUGCACAAGUUUGUCUGAAUGACCACGAUGCCAUCGUGAAACAGGAAGAUGAAGGUGAAGAAGCUCAACAGACCGAGUGCACGCUUCCACACGCCCCGAUAUUGAUCGCGUUCUCCGGCAAGCGGCAGUUCAGCUGGUUGUUCUCACCACCUUUGUCCAAGAUCGAGAACUACGGUAAGCAAACGAGAUUCCCUCCAGGAUGGCCACGCGAGCUUCGUGCAGAUAGCGAAGUGUGGGUUCUUCCCAGUUCCAGCGGUCGAGCUGCCAUGACCACGGCGCAACGUACGCUGCCCUAUCAACAGCUAGCGGAGCGUCUUCAUCAAAUUCCUUGGGGUGACAUCAAGAAGGAGUAGCAUGUUUUAUAUUUUACUUGGAAAUCAUGCUCAAGAUCUCGCCGAUCUUCGGUCGUUCGGACGGCAUGUACGACAGACAACGCAAUGUUAACUCGCGGAAGGCAGCAGGAGAGUCCUCUGCGAGCGAUGGCUUCAGGCGCUGGGCAACCACCUCAGUGGCAAUAAAAAUAUCAGCCAUGGUAUGGCCACGUUCCUCCGAUACGUGUUCAAACAGCUUGCUGCGCGACGAAAUCUCGCAGAAAAUAACACCAAGCGCGUACACCUCAGCUGCUGCUGUGAUCUCCUCGCCCUUGAGUAGUUCAGGUGCCCGACUAGCGAUAUCUCCGUGUCCGAAUGACCUCACAGGUACCAAAUCCGUUCGAAGACUCGAGGCAUAGUCGAAGAUGUCCAGCUUACAAGUAAGCUGAGCGUCAAGGAGCACACUUCUAGCCGUCAGAUUCCGCGACAACAUGCUUCCUUGGAUGGAGCGAAUGAAGUCCAAUCCACUGCAGAUAUCCUUGCACAUCUGAAGCCGUUGAGGCCAUGUCAGCUCGACCUUGUUAUCCGCUAGUACCGAUCUGAGACUGCCCUUGGACAUGUGCUCCACGACGAUAAGAACCUCUUCGCGAUCUGUCC